AAUUUAAUUAAAAAAUAAUUAUUAACUUUUUUUUGUUUAUUAAUUAAUAAAAAUUAUAAUAAAAUGAAUUUUAAAGAAGCUUUCCUUUUAUUUACAAUUGUUCUUUCGGCAAUUUCAACUUGCUAUGCCUCCUUAAAUAUCCAACAAGGAAGCACCAUACCAAAUGUCUACACUGGCAUGUCAUCAAGACAAAAGAAAGAUGCAUCUGAAGCUAUUGCUUUAAUUGUAUAUUCAAAAAUAUUUUAUAAUAACCAAGGUACCAUUGCUAACUAUGGAUCAAUUAGAAUUGAUAUGCAAGGUGUUUUUACAAGUGGAGGUCAAAGAUUCCACAAUAUCCAAGCCCAAGUUAAUGGAAUAUCUGGUAAAUCAACUGUUGCUCAUGUGGCCAUUAGUGAACAAACCAUGUCAUCAAAAUCUAAUGAACAAGCUUUUGUUCAAAGAAAAUUCAGAGAUACAAUGCUAAAGAGUUUAUCAAGUGGUAAAAGCUAUACCAUCACUGGUACUCCAAAUUAAAAAAAAAAAAAAUAAAUUUUAUUUUUUUUUCCAUUUUAUUAAUC